GUGGAGCAGCAGCCGGCUUUCUUUCAAACCCCUUCUAAAACCUCCACUAUCGCCCCUCCCCUGCUCUGUUCAUUCUUCUGGGAAAAUGGCGCCUCAUUCAAAGAAACCACACAACAAGAAGUCCUCGAAAUCACUCUUAAAAAAUAUUCAGGAGCAGUCGAAAGGCACAUUCAAACCCAAGGGGAAAACAAACAAAACAGACAAGGACAAAUUUUCUGAGAAAUCAGCUCAUCUCCAGUUCGAGCAAGACGAAGCCCCUGACUUUCCCAGAGGGGGAGCAAGCUUGUUGACUAGAGAAGAACUGGAUGAAGUGAGAGGGGAAGCACAUGCCGAGUUUGAGACUGAAGAGAGAUUUCUGAAAAAGAAAAAUAAGAAGCAACACAGUCUGCGGAAGAACCUAUCAGCCGAAGAGGACUUAGGUUCUCUUUUUGGCCAUAGUAUCAGUGGGAAAUUACCAAAGUCAGCUAACAGAAUAACACUGAAGAACAUAUCUCCUGGAAUGAAGCUUUUGGGGGUAAUUUCUGAAAUAAAUGAGAAAGAUCUUGUCAUCAGUCUUCCUGGGGGGUUACGAGGAUUAGCCCGUGCAUCUGAAACACAUGAUCCUUUAUAUGAUACUGAGGCAAACAUGCUGGAGAUGGAUUCCAAUUAUCUCUCUAGCCUAUUUCAUGUUGGACAGCUGGUUUCUUGCAUUGUAUUAGAUUUGGAUGAUGACAAGAAAGAAGUAGGGAAGCGGAAAAUAUGGCUGUCUUUACGUCUUGGUUUAUUACACAAGAAUUUGACUCUUGAUACUGUUCAGGAAGGAAUGAUUCUUAGUGCUUAUGUGAAAAGCACUGAAGACCAUGGAUACUUGCUUCAUUUUGGGUUACCUACAUUUUCUGGCUUUAUGCCUAUAAGCCCUCAAUCGGAAAGAAAGGAAAUUAAGAUAAACACUGGGCAGCUUGUGGAGGGGAUCGUCAAAAACAUUGACAGAGUGCGCAAAGUGGUAUAUUUAAGCUCUUCUCCUGAAGCAGUUGCAAGAAGUGUGACUAAGGAACUCAAAGGAAUUUCGAUUGAUCUUCUAGUUCCAGGAAUGAUGGUUAGUGCUAGUGUCUUGUCAGUGCUUGAAAAUGGGGUUAUGCUGUCAUUCCUCACUUAUUUCACUGGAACUGCUGACUUGUUUAAUUUACAAAAAACCUUCCCCCCUCCAAAUUGGAAGGACGACUAUCCUCAAAAAAAGAAGGUUAAUGCUCGGAUAUUGUUUAUUGAUCCCUCAACUCGAGCGGUUGGGUUGUCCUUAAACCCUCACCUGGUCAAUAAAAUGGCUCCACCUUCACUUGUUAAAGCUGGUGAUAUUUUUGAGCGUGCAAAUGUAAUCAGGGUUGAUAGAGGAAUUGGUCUUCUAUUGGAACUUCCCUCUUCUCCUGUCCCCACCCCAGCAUAUGUUUAUCUGUCUGAAGUGGAUGAUAAGGAAGUGAAAAAACUGGAGAAAACUUUCAAGGCGGGGAAAGUUGUCCGCGUCCGAGUUCUGGGGUUUAGGCAUUUAGACGGGCUUGCAACUGGUGUUUUGAAGAGUAGUGCAUUUGAAGGAUCAGUUUUCACUCACUCAGAUGUCAAGCCUGGGAUGGUAGUAAAGGCUAAAGUUAUGGCUGUUGACAGUUUUGGUGCCAUUGUGCAAUUUGCAAGUGGCGUGAAAGGGCUUUGUCCUCUACGACAUAUGUCAGAAUUUGAAAUAGUAAAGCCUAGGAAGAAGUUUCAGGUGGGAUCUGAAUUUGUCUUUCGUGUGCUUGGUUGCAAGUCCAAGAGGAUUACAGUUACCCAUAAGAAAACUCUUGUUAAAUCUAAAUAUGGAAUCCUAAGCUCAUACACUGAUGCUACUGAGGGACUGAUAACACAUGGAUGGAUAACGAAGAUUGAAAAGCACGGUUGCUUUGUUCGGUUCUACAAUGGAGUGCAAGGUUUUGCUGCACGGUCUGAGCUUGGAUUAGAUCCUGGCUCUGAAAUAAACUCAAUGUAUCAUGUUGAACAAGUUGUGAAGUGCAGAGUUGUCAGUUCCAACCCUGCAUCAAGACGAAUCAACCUCAGUUUUACUUCAAGACCAAUGAGGUUGUCCGAGAAUGAAUUGGUUAAACCGGGAAAUGUCGUUUCUGGAACCAUUGAUCUAGUUACUCCUGAUGCCAUUGUGGUAACUGUAAAAAAUGCUCAAAUUUGUUUGAAAGGAACGAUUCAUCCAGAACAUUUAUCUGAUCAUCGUGGCCUUGCUGAGUUAAUGAAGUCUAACUUGAAGCCUGGUUUUGAGUUUGACCAGCUUUUGGUUCUUGAUGUUGAAGGUUGCAAUUUGGUACUUUCUGCCAAGUACUCACUAAUCAGCACGUCUCAUCAUCUUCCUCUGGAUGUUAGUCAAAUUUCCCCGCAUUCGGUGGUGCAUGGGUACAUUUGUAACAUAAUUGAAAGUGGUGUGUUCGUUCGCUAUCUAGGGCGUUUGACUGGUUUUUCUCCCAGAAGCAAGGCUACAGAUGACAGGAGAUCCGAUACCUCUGAAGUAUUCUACGUUGGACAAUCAGUUCGUACGAACAUCCUUGAUGUUAAUGAUGAAUCUGGUCGAAUAACAGUGUCUUUGAAGCAGUCAUUAUGCUCUUCAACUGAUGUUUCAUUUAUUCAAGAAUACUUUCUUUCGGAACACAAGAUUGCCAAGCUUCUAUCUUUGGACUCCUCAGAUUCUGGACUGAGAUGGGCUGAUGAGUUUACUCUUGGUAGCAUUGUUGAGGGAAAAGUUCAUGAAAUAAAGGAGUUUGGUGUUGUUGUCACUUUUAAGAAUCAUGGUGAUGUUUUUGGAUUUAUCUCAGAAUACCAGUUGGGUGGAAUCAAUGUGGAUCUGGACUCUACUAUUCAGGCUGCUGUAAUUGAUGUUUCCAUGAUAGAGCACCUCGUGGAUUUAUCUUUAAAGCCAGAAAUUGUUAAUGGAUCAAAGCCACAGACUGCAAAUGGAAAAAAUCACAGAAAGAAACGCAAAAUGGUAGAUAGCAAAGAUUUGGAGGUAAAUCAAUCUGUUAAUGCAGUGGUGGAGAUCGUGAAGGAAAAUUACUUGGUUCUUUCAAUUCCAGCAUGUAAUUAUGCCCUGGGUUAUGCAUCCCUGAAUGAUUUCAACACUCAAAAUCUCUCGGUGAAACAAUUUCUCAAUGGCAAGAGCCUCAUUGCUACCAUCAUGGCACUUCCUGAUCCUUCAACGUGUGGAAGAUUGCUUUUGCUUCUCAAAGCUAUCGGUGAGGCUUCAGAGAGCAGUUCAAAGAGGGGAAGAAAGAAUUCCAAUUUUGAUGUUGGAUCUCUUGUCCAAGCAGAAAUAACUGAUAUAACACCUCUUGAAUUAAGAGUAAAAUUUGGAUCUGGAUUCCAUGGUCGAGUUCACAUAACAGAGGUAACAGAGGAUAAUGCUGAAGAAGACCCUCUUAGUCACUUUCGAAUUGGACAAACUAUAGGUGCGAAGAUAGUUUCUAAGGGCAGUAGAUCUGAAACCAAAAGAGGUUCUUUCUGGGAGUUAUCGACCAAACCCUCUGUGCUUGCAGGUUCCAGUGAUAUGAAUAGUCUACCCGACGACUUCAAUUACUCAACAGGCCAACUCAUUUCCGGUUUUGUGUAUAAAGUGGACAGCGAAUGGGUGUGGCUAUCUAUAUCUCGGGAUGUUAGGGCACAAAUUUAUAUCUUAGACAGCUCAACCGAGCCUAGUGAGCUUGAAGAGUUUCAGAAAAGGUUUUUUGUAGGUAAGGCCGUUUCUGGUUAUGUCUUACGUGCUAACAAGGAGAAGAGAUUGUUGCGUGUAGUUCUACAGCCAUUGCCUUAUACACCCGGGGAAGUUCCUUCAAGUGAAAAUAUGAGAUGGCGUAUUCGAGAAGGCAAUAUUUUGGGUGGCAGAGUUUCCAAAAUCCUUCCCGGUGUUGGUGGAUUGGUUGUUCAACUUAAUGUGCACCUGUACGGAAAGGUUCACUUCACUGAACUGAGUGACAAGUGGGUCUCUGAUCCACUGUCUGGUUAUAGUGAAGGACAGUUUGUCAAGUGCAAGGUCAUAGAAGUUGGUCAGUCAGUCUCGGGUACUACUCACAUUGAUCUGUCUUUCCGAUUGAUCUCAGAUUGCACGAACAAUCAAAACAUUUCUGAGCUGGAUAAUGUGCAUUCUCGGAAUGGCCAUGUACAAGAUAUCACAGAUCUUUACCCAAAUAUGACUGUGCAGGGUUAUGUAAAGAAUGUGACUCCAAAAGGAUGCUUCAUUAUGCUUUCCCGCAAGGUUGAUGCGAAAAUACUCGUCUCGAAUUUGUCUGAUGGUUUCAUUGAAGCCCCUGAGAAAGAAUUCCAUGUGGGAAAACUUGUUACUGGCAAGGUGGUAUCAGUCGAAUCAUUAUCCAAGCGAGUUGAAGUAACACUGAAGACAUCAAGUUCAAUAACCCCUCAAAAGUCAGACAUGGAUGCGUUGAGCAAGUUUGUGGCUGGAACCAUUAUUUCAGGGAGAAUUAAGCGCAUUGAGCCUUAUGGUUUGUUUAUUUCAGUGGAUCACACAAAUCUGGUUGGCUUGUGCCAUGUUUCCGAACUCUCUGAUGAUGGUAUUGAUAAUAUCCAAGCAAGAUAUAAUGCUGGGGAUACUGUGAGAGCAAAGAUUCUAAAGGUAGACAAGGAAAGGAACCGGAUAUCUCUUGGCAUGAAGUAUUCAUAUGUAAAGGGUGAUAAUGGUGGUGAAUGUAUUCAGAUAACAUCAAGACACCCUGAUUCUGUCGAUGCAGACGCGUCUGUGUUUCCAGAGAACUGCUCUACUGGAUUGUGUAACCUUGCUAUUUCAGCUGUAAAUGAAACAGAACAUAUUCUCACUGAAGUAGAAUCUCGAACCUCCAUUCCCCCACUUGAAGUCCCUCUUGAGCAUAUAGAAAACUCAGACACUGAUAAUGAUGUCAACCGAAAUCCAGAUCAGACUACCGAUGCAGAUAUGAUAGAUGAAAAGGAGAAGAAGCGUGCAUUGAAGAAGGCAAAGAAAAUGAGGGAACGGGAAAUUAUAGUCGCUGAGGGAAGACUGCUUGUAAAGGAUACCCCCAGGAAUACUGAUGAGUUCGAGAAGCUAGUUCAUAGUUCUCCUAAUAGCAGCUUUGUGUGGAUCAAGUACAUGUCAUUCAUGCUCUCUUUGGCUGAUGUAGAAAAGGCGCGAUCUAUAGCUGAGAGGGCUUUGAGUACAAUAAAUAUCCGGGAAGAGUCUGAGAAGCUCAAUGUUUGGGUUGCUUAUUUUAAUUUGGAAAUGGAAUAUGGAGAUCCUCCACAGGAAGCUGUAAUGAAAGUGUUUCAAACUGCAUUGCGUUAUUUGGAUCCUAAAAAGGUGCACUUGGCCUUAUUGGGUGUCUAUGAAAGGACCGAGCACCACAAGCUGGCAGAAGAGAUGCUUGAGAAAAUGGUGAAGAGGUUCAAGCAUUCCUGCAAGGUAUGGCUAAGGCUUGUACAGUGGCUUCUCAAUCAAAACCGUGACAACAUCCAAUCCAUUGUGAGCCGUGCUCUUCUAUGCCUUCCCAAGCACAAGCAUAUCAAGUUUAUAACUCAAACAGCAAUUCUCGAGUUUAAAUGUGGGGUUGCUGAUCGGGGAAGAUCCAUGUUUGAAGGAAUGCUUAGGGAAUAUCCAAAGCGAACAGACUUGUGGAGUGUGUAUCUUGAUCAAGAGAUUCGAGUGGGUGAUGCGGAAGUGACUCAUGCAUUGUUUGAGAGAGCAAUAAGUCUUAGUCUCCCUCCUAAAAAGAUGAAGUUCCUGUUCAAGAAGUAUCUCGAGUACAAGAAGAGUCUUGGUGACAUAGAAGGGAUUGAAUCCGUGAAGCAAAAAGCCAGGGAUUAUGUUGAGAGUAAUUGAGGCGCUGUUUUAUCAUCAUUGAAAGAUGUUAAGUUUAUCAUCAUCGGUGGCAGCUCACAUCAUCAUAGUGAUGUUUGAAGAUGAUCAUCUUCUAUUCCUGUAAAAUUGUAUGAUGAGUCGGUGGAAGGAUAUAUUGUAUCACAAGUUUUGUAGGAUUAGAUGAUUGUAUUUUUCUAAUUGUAAAAGUGGUCAUUGCUCGACAAAAAUUACAAAUUAGCAUAAAGUGAUAGGAGCUGUGAGUGUGGUUCAGUUCAGCGUAUUGUUUUCUCAUUCUUAUGAUUAACUGGUGAAUGGUGAUGAUAAAAAGAUUGCGAGGGAAAUUUGUUCAAUUAAAAAAGAAUUUCUGAUGGGGCAUAUGGCAAUGAGUGAUUUGUGUUUAUUCCACAA